ACAACAGUCAGCAGAGACAGUACUGGAUGGAGUGGGAGUGGGAGUGGGAGUGAGAGAGAGUGAGUGUGUGGUGAGCCGUUGAACCUUUUUCCAGUUACGGAGCGCUUGGAAUAUAUCUUUGUCUGCUCAGUGGCUGGCUUCAGGAGAGGAUAGCAUACGAUUUUCUAUUCUACCCUAGGGUUAGAGAGAGAGAGAGAGAGAGAGAGAGAGAGAGGGGUAAUUAGAAGAAGCAAUAAUGGAAGCAGGAGAAGAAGAGUACAAAAUGAAGGAGCGCAUAGCUAUGGUGGUGAUCGUAUCUCUGGCGUCUGUAGCUGUUGCUUCUCUUUUGGUGGCCUGCAUCUACUACUGUUACAUUUCCAACAAACUCUCCAAGCGUCAAAACAAUCCCAAAAGGGUUGAACAUGUGGAAAGAGGUAGCAGCUUUUCAAAUAUUGAAGUUGCCAGUGAGAAAGGACUUCAGGUAUUCACCUUCAAGCAGCUACAUUCGGCUACUGGCGGUUUUGGGAAAUCUAAUGUGAUUGGACAUGGUGGGUUUGGGUUAGUCUACCGAGGAGUGCUUCAAGAUGGUAGGAAGGUUGCAGUUAAGUUGAUGGAUAGGGCAGGAAAGCAGGGGGAGGAGGAAUUCAAAGUAGAGGUGGAAUUACUAAGCCGGCUACAUUCUCCAUACCUACUGGCAUUAGUUGGCUACUGUUCAGACAGUAAUCAUAAAUUGUUGGUUUACGAGUUCAUGGCUAAUGGUGGUCUGCAGGAACAUUUGUAUCCCAUCAAUGGGUCUAACACUAUUUCUUCAAGGUUGGACUGGGAAACCCGGUUGAGAAUAGCUUUGGAAGCUGCAAAAGGGCUGGAAUAUCUCCAUGAACAUGUCAGUCCUCCAGUAAUUCACAGAGAUUUUAAGAGCAGCAACAUCCUUUUGGACAAAAAUUUUCAUGCUAAAGUUUCUGAUUUUGGAUUGGCCAAGCUUGGAUCUGAUAAAGCUGGUGGCCAUGUUUCAACCCGUGUGUUGGGCACCCAAGGAUAUGUUGCUCCUGAGUAUGCAUUAACUGGUCGUCUGACACCAAAGUCGGAUGUUUAUAGUUAUGGAGUUGUUCUUUUGGAGUUGCUCACAGGCAGGGUUCCAGUUGAUAUGAAGAGAGCUCAAGGGGAAGGUGUUCUUGUAUCUUGGGCUUUGCCCCAGCUUACGGAUAGAGAGAAAGUUGUAGAGAUCAUGGAUCCAGCACUGGAGGGUCAGUACUCGAUGAAGGAGGUUGUUCAGGUGGCCGCUAUUGCUGCAAUGUGUGUACAACCGGAAGCAGAUUACAGGCCACUGAUGGCAGAUGUUGUCCAGUCACUGGUUCCGCUGGUCAAGCAUCACAGGCCUACCUCUAAACUAGGCAGUUGCUCUAGCUUCCAUGCUACCCAGUCUCCCAAGGCCUAGGACGGACUGCGAUAAAGCAACUAACAUGAAGCCAGGGUUGUCUAUUUCCAAUGAGUUUCCUAGGUCGAUACUCGGUUUUUCUAUGUUUAGGGCUUUUGAAGUCUGUUUGGAGAAGAAACAGCAUCUAGAUUUUUGUGUCAGGGAAGAUUCUCUAAUAUUUAUUAUCCAAACCAGUUUUAAUCCAAAAUUAUGGCUUACCAACUGCUGUUGAUUUUUACACCACUAAUUUAAAAGAGAUUGCUGAGCUGAGAGUGAGUGGACCAAA